GAGUCACCGUUAGUUUCAUACUGGCUGGAGUGUCAUGUGUGUUAAAUGCACUCUGCUAUGCUGAGCUAGCUACCCGCUUUCCUCCUAUUGUGGGUGGUGCAUACUUGUAUACAUAUACAGCUUUCAAUGAACUCACUGCUUUUCUUGUUUUUGCACAAUUGAUGCUUGACUACCAUAUUGGGGCUGCCAGUAUAGCACGGAGCUUAGCUGGUUAUGUUGUUUCAAUUCUAGAGAUCUUUCCCUUUUUGAAAGAUAAUAUUCCAAAUUGGCUUGGAAACGGGCAAGAGUUCUUUGGAGGGGUAGUUUCUAUUAAUGUACUGGCUCCAGUUCUUCUAGCUCUAUUGACCUUUAUUCUUUGUUGGGGUGUUGGAGAGUCUUCUGCCAUAAACUCCAUCAUGACAACGUUAAAGGUCAUCAUUGUCGUGUGUGUUAUCUUUGCUGGUGCUUUUGAGGUUGAUGUUUCAAAUUGGUCUCCUUUCGCACCAAAUGGCUUUAAUGCAGUGUUAACUGGAGCUACGGUAGUAUUCUUCGCAUAUGUGGGGUUUGAUGCAGUUGCAAAUUCAGCCGAAGAAUCAAAAAGUCCGAGGAGGGAUUUACCAAUUGGCAUAAUCGGAAGUCUUCUCAUUUGCAUUGCUCUAUACAUUGGUGUCUGCUUAGUAAUCACUGGAAUGGUUCCUUAUUAUCUUCUUGGGGAAGAUGCUCCAUUGGCUGAGGCUUUUGCAUCCAAAGGCUUGAAAUUUGUCUCUUUUUUGAUAAGCAUAGGUGCUGUUGCGGGACUUACAACAACCCUUCUUGUUGGUCUUUAUGUUCAGUCUCGUCUAUAUCUUGGGCUUGGGAGAGAUGGUUUGCUGCCUUCUAUAUUUUCUGAGGUGCACCCCAAACGGCACACUCCUAUCAUUUCACAAGUCUGGGUUGGAAUUGUAGCUGGUGUGUUGGCUGGACUAUUUAAUAUACGCUCGCUCUCUCAUAUUCUUUCGGUUGGCACUUUGACCGGCUACUCAGUUGUCUCGGCUUGUGUUGUCACCCUGCGUUGGAAAGACAAAACAGCCAGUCAGGUGUCUGCUUCAACCUGGCGAGAAGGUGUCAUCUGUCUUAUAGCAGUUGCUUGCUGUGGUUUUGGUGCUGGAUUCUUCUACCGGUCUGGUUUGCCAUUGGUUUCUAUUGUAGCUGCUGUUAUUGCAUCACUUGCAGCAAUGGCUCUUCAUUUUCGACACAUAUAUGGAGAUGUGGCAGGAUUUCCUUGCCCUGGAGUUCCCAUUGUGCCAGCGAUUUGCAUAUUCUUCAACAUGUUUCUAUUUGCUCAGUUGCAUCAAGAAGCAUGGGUUAGAUUUGUGAUCCUGAGCAUUGCUACCGUCAUGUUAUAUGCAUUUUAUGGUCAGUAUCAUGCUAAUCCGAUUUCGGAAGGUUCGGGCAUCUAUUUUCGGGUUCCGGGAUAGGAAUCUAGAUGCAGUAUAGUAAAUGGUAUAGUCACAUGUCUUAUAUCACAUCGAUUAUUUUCGAAACCUUGUAGUAUAGUGUAAUACUUGAAGUAGUGUAAUUGAUAAGCCCUCUAAGAGGCUGUCAUAUAAUAGAUUUUGUAUGAUAAUUAAAUAUGAUUAGUAUUAAUAUAUGACAAAUAUAAAUACACAAAUGGAAUUAAAAUUGAACUGCAGUUUAUUA